AUGAACAUGAGAAUCUAAAAUGAUCUCCUCCCCCCUCAAAAAAAAAAAUGGAAAAAAAAAAUUAAGGAAAAACAAUGGAAGAGGGGUAUCAUAGUCAUAUGUCGAGACUUCAUGGGCAUUUGUGAAAAGAAAAAAAACAAUGGAGUCAAAAGUGAAAUAUUCUAUACCACGUUGAAUCCUCUUUGAACAUUGAUAAACUGCCCAAAUCCCACGGGAGCCUUUCAUUGGUUACAAACCCACAAGAACAAAGCAACAAAAAAUCCAGAACAAUUCUCCGCAUCAAUCUGAUCAUAUGAAUGGGAAAUGAAAAACUUCUCGUCCCAUUCUCCCCUCCAAAACCCGCAGCCAAGCACCACCCCAUUAAACCCAGAAACAGGACGAGGAGGAGAAGAAAAAGAAGAAGAUCAGAAAGCAAGAUGCGAGUGGGAUUUCAAUCUCUCCGCCGUAAUUUCUUCUUCGGACGCCGGCUCCACCCCUUCCGACGCCAUCGGAGUUGUCGAGUUCAACCAGAACGAUAGCUUUCUCGCCACCGGCGGUAUCGCCAGAAAAAUCAGAAUUUACAGCUUGGAAAAAUCACUUGAAUCGUGUCAAAAGGUUGAAACGGGAGUUAAGUUUCUCGACCACGCAGCUGCAUGUGAAUUCUACAUCUGUACUCCGGCUAAGCUCAGUAGCAUCAAGUGGAAACCCGGGUCGGGAUCUCGGGUCAUCGGGUCUGGGGACUACGAUGGGGUGGUAAUGGAGUAUGAUCUCGAAAAGCGGGUGCCCGUUUUUGAGCGCGACGAGCAUGGAGGUAGACGUGUCUGGAGCAUGGAUUACUCGCACUGGGAUCCGACAAUUGGGGCAUCUGGGUCUGAUGAUGGCACCAUGCAAAUGUGGGAUCCGCGUUGCGACGGGGGGAAGUGUCUGGCUGUGGUCCAACCUAACCGGGUCGCCCGCAGCCCAGUUUGUUGCGUGGAGUUCAAUCCGUUUGGCAGACCCCUCGUGGCCGUCGGAUGCGCUGACCGUAGAAUUUACGGGUACGAUGUGCGCAAUCUGGAAAACCCGGUUCUCCUCCUCGAUGGACACCAACAGGCCGUCACAUACACAAAGUUUCUGGAUUCACGAACAAUAGUUUCUUCCGCCAUUGAUGGGUGCUUGAUGAUGUGGGACACAGAGGAUCAGCGCCCGAUUAGGACUUACAGAGGACACGUCAACACCAGAAGAUUCGUCGGAUUAUCCGUUUGGAGAAAUGGCGGGCUGUUGAGCUGCGGGUCGGAAAACAAUCAAGUGUUCGUGUAUGACAAGAGAUGGGGCGAGCCCAUAUGGGUUCGUGGGUUCGCACCGGCAGUUCAGCCACGGAGUGAACCGGGUUUUGUUAGCGGUGUUUGCUGGCGGCAGGCCGGAGACGAGCGGUGCAUGCUGGUGGCGGGUGGUUCAGAUGGGGUGUUGCAAGUCUUUGAGGGGGAAAGGAAGUCAUGCUCGUAA